UGUCAUGGCAACUGUACAGCAUGCGCUUACAAAAACAAGAGCUUGACCGUUCACCACCGCUCUCUCGACAUUCGACAUCCCCGGCGCCAUCUUCUUCUUCUUUUUCAAGCCUUUAGAUAGGCACUCGUUUAAAUAGGAGGGAAGCUGAGGAGAAGGGGAGGAUGAGCGGAGCCAAAUCCCGCGGCGACCUGCCUGUUGCUGAAAAUGUCACCAGCGGCGGGCACGGCACUGCGGCUCCUCCGCGGGACCGCAAGCCAGGCGGAGGAGUUCUGAAGAGGCUCAAGUCCCGAAGGAGCCAGCAGGUGGACGGCAGGGCCGUCACGGAGGAAGACCUCCGGGCACGGACUGGACACAUCACCCCGGAGGACGUGCUGGGACUGCGAGUAGCUACUCGAGGGUACCUCUGUAAACCCGAGGACAAUAUUUACAACAUCGAAUUUGUCCGCUUCAAGAUCAGAGACCUGGAGACAGACACGGUCCUAUUUGAGAUUGCCAAACCCCCACAUACAGGUGAUGAUGAGGAGAACAGAGAGUCAGACGCCAGCACAGGCCGGUUUGUACGCUACCAGUUCACCCCAGCAUUCCUGCAGCUGCGGACCGUGGGAGCCACGGUGGAAUUCACGGUUGGGAACCGGCCUCUAAGCAACUUUCGCAUGAUCGAAAGGCACUACUUCCGUGAUCACCUGCUGAAGAGCUUUGAUUUUGACUUUGGCUUCUGCAUCCCGAACAGCCGUAAUACCUGUGAGCAUAUCUAUGAGUUCCCUCAGCUGUCUGAGAGCCUGGUCCAUCAGAUGGUGGAGUGUCCUUAUGAGACUCGUUCAGACAGCUUCUACUUUGUCGAGAACAGACUGGUCAUGCACAACAAGGCAGAUUAUGCUUACAACGGAGGACAGUGAUGUCUGCCUGCUUGCGUGCAACCACACACACGAACAUGCUCAUACAUGCCCAUCUGCUCACUUUUAUUGAUAUAUACAUAGGCACACAUGCAUGUUGCUGAACAUACAUACGGCUCAUACCUGGCCCGGGAGCUGCUGGAGACACGGUUCAGUUGCCUCCAGUGUUUGUAAAGAUGAAUUACCAUUCGUUGCAAUCACUUUCAGGAGAUGUGUUUUGCAUUAGUGUGAGACAGAGGUUACAGAUGGGUUAAUUUAUAGGCUUUUGAAAAUAGAGAAAUCUUUAAAAUCCGAGAGAGCUUGCAAUUUGCAGCCGUGUAUAACACGUGGCUCAGAUUGAUCAGAUGGACAUUAGUCUUCUCUUUACAGUUUUAAAAGUGUCCUAACAGCCAUUGAGUGAACACACACACACACACAUUUGCAUACACACGCAUGCACACUCAAUCCCCAAGUGACACACAUAGUGUUUACACAGGGUUUGUCAGAAGCAGCUGUUCUCAGAGCUGCCGCCUCCACAAUCCACUCCAGACAAUGUCGAGGGAGAAACAGAGGAGCCAUCCACAAAAACACUCCUGUCAAACGCACAUGGUCACUCCUGCAGCCCCCUCCCUAUCUCCCUCUCCGCCCACACAAACUGACACGUCAAUAGUAGUACUGUAUAAGACUUUGAAUUCAACCAAAGGUUUCUGACAUUAUCACUGUUUUUUAUUUAUUUAUUUAUUUUUUAUUUUACAGUUCUGUGACGGCUCGUUAAGAAAGGCCAUGUCAAGUAGAAAUUUCCCCCUGGUAUCUUCAGAGAGCAGCAGAAGUGUCCCAAAGAUGUUCUGGUUUCCUUAUUUCAAAGUGGAGCUGUUAUGUUUGUCCUUAUUUUCUGUCAUUUACCAUUACGCUAACAGAUGCUGAUUUAUAACAAGGUCUCAGAUAACAAGGUCAGCAUAUGUACAAGUUAUCACCACAAGCUCUUGGCUCUGUAUGAUGCCACAGAGCUGUGAUUUCCUUAAGAUGGUCAUCUCUCACUGUGAGCACACCGGCCCCACCCACCUGCUAUUCAAACCUUGUCUUUUCUUGGUGACAGCAAUCAAUAAAAAUGAAGAUUUCUUUUUGAACAUCUAGGUUUGAUUAUCUGUACUUCCAAUUCCUUAUCACAAACGUCUUAAAAGCUUGAUUAUUUCUGAUAUUUGAGUUUGUCUUUAUCCUAACUGGACAGCAUACUAUCUCUUGGUAAUUUGUAAACUUUGGUGUUCGGGGUUAAAGGUGGUGUUUGUAUAGUAUAUACAUAUAUAUAAAUAUACAUAAUUUGUAAAAAGUGAAAUGAUU